GAUGUCUGCGCCCAGGCCGGCGGGAAAUCGUUCCUGUUGUGCAGAAGUUACUUGGAAAUUUGCAAUAUUUUGGGGGGUCAUAUGCAUAACUUGUUUAAAAUCCUCUUUAGUAGAAUCUCUCGAGACUUACGUAUACAGUCUAACAAAAAGUAAUAAUGAGCAGAAAGUUGAUUCAAGACCUACUUCAAGGCUGGUUGUAUUUUGUUAUGAAGGGGAGGAGUAUAAGGCAGUAAAGUUAUGGACUACUGCAACUCUACGGCUAGUAAUCAGUGAGGAGGACUAUGAGCUGUUCAAAGGUGCCAAUACUUCAGCUGUGCAGGAACAGUAUCACAAUGCCAUGAAGUCAUGGUUUAACUUGUUGCCAUGGAAAAAGGAGGAGGUUACCAUGGAUACCUUUAGGUUGUCAUGUCUUGGUGUGGCAACCAAAACUAGUUAUUCUGUAAAACUAAAGAUUAGAGCUAUAGACCCCUGGCUGAUCACAUACCUGUUCCUGGGACUGAUUCUGUUCUUCAAUGCCAGAAGACUCAGCAAGAACAUUGUAUUCUACUAUGGCACUGGGAUGACUGUGGGGCUGCUGGCUUCUUGUCUUAUCAUUGUGUUUAUUGUCAGCAGGUUUGUGCCCAGGAAAACAGGCUAUGUUGUGCUGGUAGGAGGAUGGUCCUUCAGUCUCUUUCUUCUCAAUGCCAUGUGGUCAAACGUGCAGAACAUACUAGAAACAUAUUCACACUACGUCCUGGGCUACUUUGCAGUUGCAGGAUUAUUAACCUUAGCAGUACUCUACUGGCGAGGUCCAGUGACAGACCCAAGGAGUCUUAAUCUCAUAAAGUGGACAUUACAGUUAUGUGCUUUAGGCUUGGUAUAUGGAAGCACAAGACAGAUCCAGGAAGUUGCCAUUAGUACUAUCAUUGUUAUAUUAACAAUUCACUGUUUUCCAAGGAAGAUAUUACACUAUAUUUUAUCAGUGUGGAGACGGCGGUUUCCACCCAAAGUGCACCUGUUAAGUGAGGAGGAAUACCAACGCCAGGCUGAUGAGUACACACGCCAGCAGUUGGAGAGCCUUCGCCAGUAUUGUCUCAGUCCUAAAUGUGAUGCAUGGAGGACUAUUUCCAGGAUCAAUUCUCCAUCCAGAUUUGCCAGCUUUGUGGAAGGAGACUCGCACAUCACAGACACAGAGCUGUUGGACUAUGACUCUGACCCCGCCCCUCACUAUGGGGUGGAUCUUGACGACUCCGAUGAGUCAGAAAUGAGCUUCAGACUCAACUCUCCUUGACAGAGAGAGCUUAUUUCAGCAUUCACAUAUUAUUGGUUUACUUGCCAAAUUUUACCAUGUUACCCAAGGGCACAAAGAUACUCUCAUUUGACCAAUAUGUUACUGUGUGAUAAAAAAAUGUCAUGGCACAUACCAUGCAAUGAAAGUUCUCAGGACUUUUUAUAUAUUUUAAAAAUGUGCAAACUUGAAUGUAGAUAUUUUCCCAAUCAGACUAACACAAAAUACAUCUAUUUGCAAGACACAAAAUAUGUUUUUCUUUUAGAAUUUUUGAUUUGGAUAUUAUUUCUUUUAUGGCAGAAAAAUAGUUUCAUCUCAUCUGGUAUAUCCACACUAAAAAGUUUUUUCUUCUGGAAAUAAGAUGCCUUUGCCUUAACGUAAUAGUGUUUUAAACUGUUAGACUAUUUAUUAUAAGUGCAAAGAUGUAAAUGUUAUUAUCCUGGGUUUGUAUUCUUGUUAAUAUUAAUUCUCCAAUUUGAAAUGUCAAAAGUGAAUUAUAAAACACAAGCAAGAACUUUUAUUAAAACAUUAAGCAAAUAAAGUGUUAUUCCUAGGUACCAUUGUGUUGAUAAC